AUGAACAUUUCGGGUUCACGUAUUCGCCAGAUUAUCCAUCAGUUUUCAGAACCGGGACACAGUUUUCUACCGUGCGACCGUUGCUUCGGUCUUAUUGAAAAGGAAAAGAGGAAGAAAGAGAUUGUUUACUUGCCAUAUGAUUGGAUAAAUUUAGUUAAGAAGACAUCAAAAAAAUUCCGUGUAAUCGAAGUGAAACAAGAUAUGAUUCUUAAUUUUACAGGUACUCAUAAAACACCGACGGUUCUCAAAAAACAGAAAACUGACUCAAUCGAGACUGAGACAUUGAAAGAAAUAAGAGUAAAACCAACUUCAAGAAAGAAUAAGUUAACUGCCUACAUAACAUCUGGUGUAUCUACAUCACCUGAAAAUGAAAACGGACAAAUUAUCACAGGUUCUUACGUAAUAGUCAGAUACCAAAAGAAGUAUUUUCCCGAAAUAGUCGUUAAUAGAGUGAAGGAUGAAUACGAGGUUAAAUGUAUGACUCCAGUUGGCUCCAAUUUAUUUAAAUAG